AUGGGACUUCUCGACCGUUUCAGAUCCGACAAGACGUCGACUUCGGCUUCUUCGAAAUACUCGACCGGCAACACGAGGCCUCAGCCUCCGAAGCUAAACGCAAAGCCCAAACAAAGGGCUUCCUAUUCAGUUUCCGGUAAUGCCUACGCCCAGCAGUUGCAGCCACCCUCGAUCCAGACAUCCCCACGUAUCAACGAACUCAAACACAUGCAGAGUCUGAGCUACUCGGGCUCUGACUUUCUGUCGACCAAUUCCGACUCGUCGUACACUUCUUCGGAUUCGCACAACUACGGAAAUAGGAAAGACGUCUACGGUUCGCAGAUGGCAUCUGCUGCUGCUACCGCUGCUGCAUCGGCUGCAUCUUCUGGUGCAACUUUCGCCAACAAGAGCCUCGGAAAAAGAGUCAGACCUCAAUCGGAGAUGAUGCCUUCUAGAGCACCCAAUCCAGGGCAAGAUGGCUCGAAACUGCUUCCUUCGACUCCUCAGCGUGUCAACAAGCGCGAGAGUCUUGGGGGAUUUUCCAGCAAUGAGGACUUGCCGGUUGUUCCUGUCUUGUCACCGAUCACAUUCUCUUCGCCCUCGUCCUCUCCUUCGUCCAAACUCCGGAAGAAGGCUCCUCCUCCUGACCCGGAAGUUGUUCUCAAGUCGGUUCAGCAUAUGACUUUGCAUGAAGAUGAUGAUGAAGAUGCCACUUUCGAUGCUGCUGACAAUACCUUUGAAGUAGCCUACACUACAGGUGACCCAGGAGUAAGCCAUCCGGUCAGACCUACUGUUAAUACAUUCCUCGGUUCUGAUCAAAGUCAGCAGAACGACUAUUAUUCGCCAGAGUAUCCCGUUUUUGGAAAUGUUGCCAGUAACAACUCCAAUCCUAAUCUAGCACCAUUGGCCGCAGCACCAGAUUCCGCUUUAGACUCUGGCGAAAUCUCAGCCAAGACUGAAGCUACUACUUCGAGCAAGUAUGAAACUUCUUCCGAGGUUGGAAAUGAGGAUGACGAAGAAGAAGACUCAGAGGCAGACGAUUCAUCCGAUAAUAACGUUGAGGAUGCAGACACUGAGGCAUAUAAUACCAACUUGAUGCACCAAGCACCACCUCAGCAACACCCGCAGUACGAUCAAUGGCGCCAGUACUACGCUGGACUUGCUCAGCAGCAACAGCAGCAGCAGCAGUACAUUGCUAACAACAGAGCUUCUAUGUAUGCUGGUAUGCCACCACAACAGCAGUUCUACCCUAAUCCAAAUAUGAACGCUGCGAACAUGCAGAUGCAAAUGAUGCAAAUGCAGCAGUACAUCAACUAUUUACAGCAGCUGCAGCAGCAACAUCCACAAGUUCCCGGAUCUCCAGCAGGAUACGGGCCAAUGCCAGGGAGUUUGAGCAAGAGACAUUCCCAAUCUUCGCUCAGCUUCCAACUGACUGGCUCUCUUCCACGGUCGCAGCUGGCAGUUAGCUUAAGAGCUACGCCUUCUCCACCGGACUCAGAAAACAAGGAAAACAGAAACGACUACUUGCAAUCAUAUCGUAAGGUCCGGAAGUCGGAAGGAGAUUUACUUCAGGACGACAAUGAGCUCGUUUCGAACUCGCGUAGGUCUACUAUUAAGUCCAACAGAUUCCCAUCUGUUCCACAGCUUUCGUCUCGUAGAUCCUCUGGUCUCAGCAACUUACGUUACCCAAAUGGAAAUGCCAGAGUUGCUUCUGUAGACUUGAACUUCAAACCCAAGCAGUAUCAUGCGUAUUACGAGGAUGAAGAAGAACAGGACGGAGGAGUAGCACAUCGUCUUUCUCAGAAGCCUCAGGCUUCGACCUCGGAAGACCAGGACUUGAUGUUGGAUAAGGAAGAUUUCAGACAUAUUUCCGAUUACAGCAGGUUCUUGUUUGAUGACGAAGAGGAUGAUGAAAAUCUCAAGGAUGAUGAGAACAGACAGUUGCCAACGCCUUCUUCAACUGAAGAGAGCUUGAGCAGGCAGGAAUCCAGUGGCCUGACUUCGUCGUUCAACUCCAUCCAGAGUGAAGGCAAAUUUGUAGUAGGCUCUAGCACUGACAAGAAGGGAUCCAAGAAUCUGGCCGACUCGAACUCGUCUAGCACGGACAUGUUGAGCAAGGGCAGAAGGAAGAAGAGUCCUAGUCCAAUAAGAAGCGGCCAGAGUUCUUCAGUAGCAGGGUCUAAUUUAAUUGGAUCUAGCGGAAGCUCUGUAAAUGGCUCUGGUGUAGGUAUCAACCGAGACUUCAUUUCGCCUCCACCUCGUUCUAUGCACAUGGGAAUGGAUGGUAACAUGGGACCUUCUUUUCAGAACCCCAUGUUUAGCCAGAAUACGGAGUAUGCUGGUAGCAUUCAUGGUUCUAGAACGAAUUUGAUGAAUGACAAGAGAUCUCUGAUGAUGGUAAGUUCUCCUAUAAAGUUCGACAUGCAUCUGUUCAGCACUUUGCACAGACCCAUGAUGCCUAUGCAGAGACCACCACUGAUGAUGGGGAUGGCUAUGCAAUCCAGUUCUCCUGUGAAAGUCAGCGACUCCACAAUCAACCAAAAGAUAGAGAACUUCGUAGCCUUGAGACAGGUGAUUGCUGCUGGUAACAAAACUAUUGAGUACAGACUCAAAUGGGUCCAGAUGUUGGUAUCAGCAACGAACUACAAGCUCUAUGCGUACAUUAACAUCAAGGGGGAUCCAAUUUUGCCCGAACAGGUGACCCACAACAAGUCGUUGUUCAUCAAGUCGUCUGUCACCCAUCUUUUGAAGUUGUUGAAGGAGUUUGAGUCUAGAAAGAGUGACAAUGUAGAUGUGGAACUCGAAGUUUACUACAUCUACGCCAGCUUGCUUCGCCAGGACUACUUGAACUUGUACAACCAGGAUUUUGGCAUUGGAAAGGAUAUUCCCCAAGCCAUUGCAUACUACGAAAAGUGUCUUGAGCUCCAUCCUACAGACGGCAAGACUUUGUACAAGUUGGGUGAUAUCUACGAAUACGAGUUUACCGACGAGUUUGACAAGGCUCUUGACUUCUACAAGCGUUCUGGUAAGCUGGGCUAUAAUCGAGCUAUCUACAAGGUAGCUCUCCUUUAUUUGAAUGUCUCCAGUAUUCGUUCCAUCAAGUUCUUUAAGUAUUUGAAGGAUUUGUCCAACAUUGAGUUGAAGGACGUUCAUCUUGAAGAAGAGGACCAGGAGGAGUUGAGCGAAGUUGUGGGCCUUGCAUCUUUCCAAAUCGGAAAAAUCUAUGAAGGUAUCUAUCCAGGGGACUUGACUCCAGAGGAUGAGUUUGUCCAGAGAUCAUUGGAAUUGGCUCCAGUCAACUACGCUAAGAGUUUGUCCUACUACAACAAGUCAGCCAAGUUGAACUGUCUUUUAGCCCAAGUCAAAUUGGGUAGUAUUUACGAGCUUGGGGAGUUGAACAGAGACAAGAAUGCCAACAAGUCCAUUCAAUGGUACUUGAAGGGUGCCACCUCGCCUUUGUCUUUCAGAAGACAUCCUGACGCCAUGUUAGGGUUGAGUAGAUGGAGUUUAAGUGGAAGUGGAGGCUUGUCCAAACACAUUCCUGGACCAAACCCCGAACGUGCUGUGAUGUGGUGCGACAGGGCCAUCAAGGAGUUCAAUACCGCCAGCGCCUUGUUCUUCAUGGGCGAGUUGUCGGAAAUGGGACUCACCGGAUCUAGUGCUGAAGGCUGGUAUACCGCAGCAUACGAAAUGGGCCAUGGAGGUGCCGCACAAAAGUUGGGAAUUGAAUAAUAAAAUCAAAAUCAGGGAGUAAAACAAAAGUGUAUAC